CAUUGUUAUUAACUUUCAAUAAACCAUUAUUAGAUAGGUACAACUCUAUGUAGGUAUCUUUAGUAGAAUGCGAUCUGUGGGUACUUAAAAAAAACUUCUAAAAUCUAAAAUAAACACCUUUUAUUACAUAAAUAAGAAAAGUAUAACUCCCAAAAUGGUGGUACAUUAUAAAAUGGACCGAGAAAGAAGAAAGUGAUAUACAAACUGAUUGGCAAACAAUGAAUGAAACGUUAGGACGCGGGUACGCCCGCAUCGAAGCGAUACGCGCCGCGCGGGGCGAAGCCCUAGCUAUGCCGGAGCCCGGAGCGCCGCCCCCGGAUAGAUACAACUCUGUCUAUUUGACUCUAUUUGUGGCUGGUGCUGCGUUUCUUCUGCCGUUUAACAGCUUCAUAAUGGCGGUGGACUACUUCCAACACCACUACCCGAAGACGACGAUCAUGUUCGACAUGUCGACCGUGUACAUCGUGUCAGCGUGCGUCGCCGUCGUCACCAACAACAUCCUGCUCGACCUCUUCACCUACAACACCAGAAUCACUUUUGGUAUAUUGUUGUCUCUGGCAACAAUGCUAUUCGUGGCAGUCUGCAACAUCGGCUGGGAUGGUUUCUCUUUAAGCGUGUCUUACACCAUCAACCUCGUCGCAAUAGGAGUGGUGGCAUUUGGUUGUACCAUCCAACAAGCAUCAUACUACGGAUUCACUGGAUGCCUGCCACCUCGGUACACGCAGGCAGUAAUGGCUGGGGAAAGCGCCGCCGGAUUUUGGGUCUCGUUGGACAGAAUCGUCACAAAGUAUGGCUUCCGUCAGCCCAAACGCAGCACGUUCAUGUUCUUCGUGUUCUCGAUACUGAUCCUGCUCGGCCACUCCAUGCUACACCACGUGAUGAUGCGUCACCCGCUGGUGCAGCACUACUUGCGCCUGACCAACGAGUCGCGGCAUCGACGCCGCAUACAACUUCAUCUCAAUCCUACGGAGGAUGCCACUUUGAUGGAGAGUGAGGCUGGCGAGCCUAGUUAUGGAGUGCUGAAAUUACAGAGUCCUGCACCGUCUUCUGGAAUCGCUGAAGCUGAGAACACGUUCAGUUUCGCGAACCCCGUAUACUCGCCCACCGCGUCAGCGCCAGUGCCACUGGUGUCGCCACCGCCCAGCGUGUCGGAGCCAUCCGUGUCUCCAUCAGCUACCCUGCGGACACCACGACCCUCGUAUAAAGUUGAAGAUGUUGUCUUCGAAUCACCCGAGAGGCCCACUUCAUGGCGAAACUUUAAACGUGGUGUAUUAGCUCGCUGGGCCGUAGCCCGGGCAAUCUACCCCUACAUGGUGUCCAUCGGUCUAGUAUACUUCACGACCCUGAGCCUGUACCCUGGAAUCGCUUCAGAGGUCCCAUCAUGUCGCCUCGGAUCCUGGAUGCCGAUAGUCCUAAUGUCUGCUUUCAACUUCUUCGAUUUUAUUGGAAAGAUAGCAGCAGCUUGGCCAUACGAGUGGAGUCGCAGUCAGCUCCUGAUGGCGAGUGGAGUUCGACUUCUGUUGGUUCCUCUCAUGUUACUUUGUGCCGCCCCCAGACAUUCACCACACAUAGUCGGAGACGUUUAUCCAAUAAUGUUUUCUGUAGUACUUGGCUUCACGAACGGUUUAUUUGGAUCUGUGCCUAUGAUCAUGGCUCCAUCGCGUGUUGGAAGGGAACAUAGAGAGAUUGCAGGUAAUAUGAUGACGCUGUCCUACAACGGUGGCUUGCUGUCGGGUUCUCUAGUGUCCUACUUGCUUCUGAGCAUGUUGGGCGAGCCUGCAGACAUGUGCCGCAUCUACCCCACCCCCGUGUUGCCCACCAUACCACCAGUGCCCACUGCUGGGAACGCUACACUCUUACUACCUAUCCAUUAAAUAAAUACGUAGUCAAUAAGUGUUAUAUGAUUACACAGAUUAGAGAAUGAUACAGAAAAGUCUUUAGCCGGUGAAACCCAUGGAAAAAAAACAAUGGUCACGCGUACAUCUUGACAUUCGCAUAUUGUUGCUAUCUACGAUAUACAAACUUUUUUCAUAAUUUGUAUUUCACUUUAAUAUCAUAAUUUAAUCAAUAACUAUCUAUAAAAAUAUACUGCAUCUUAUUAAGCUAUUGCAUAGCUUCUAUCGCGGGUCUUGAGCGCGGGGACCGAAUCCAGAAAUUCCGUAACGAAAAAACCUCACGCUCCCCACUCCGACGGGCACGGAGGUGUGGCUUGAAGGCCGUGCAUCGUCUAACGUCGUUUCAGUUCGGCAGUCUUCGACACGGCGUUGUGUGCGUGCGAUUAAACGUAUUGUACGACUCUACGAUUCGUGCGAGUUUGAACGAAUCGAGACGAGCUGCUCCGAAAUCGGACGAAUACAUAAGCAGCUGUUUAUGAGAAUAUAUAUAGGUGUAUAGGUAUUUAUGUACAACAGUGUAUAGCUGUACUUGUAAAAUUUGUGUAUAAAGUGUUUUGAAUAUAAAUUAACAAAGUGCAUUUAU